UUCUUUUUCUUUUUAGACAUUAACGAGUGUGCAACCAACACCGAUAACUGUGACGUCAACGCUUACUGUAACAAUACCGUUGGGUCCCACAACUGCACUUGUAAUCCAGGAUACACCGGAAAUGGAACAACAUGUGAAGGUUAAUGAAAACAAACGUGCUCAUCGCAAUAUUUUUGCAUUGACCAAAUGAAAUAGAAUAUACAUAAUAAAAUGCCCAAUUUUCAGCAAUGCGCUACUACGCGCGGAAAGUGUGAGCAUAAGUCUUGGUUGUGUGAAGCCUUGAAAAUUUUUAUAGCACGCGGUCGCAACUUUCACCAAAUUUAACACCAUGAGUCAGAUAGGUCUUUUCUGAUCAUCGUGUCAAAUUCAUAAAAGAAGAAACACGAUGUCUUUAUUUUCACGCUCCAAAUCGAACGGCAUUUUCUUUAAUUGGGGGCGAAAUAACAAAUCUGAUUGAUUCGAUAACUGAAUAGGAAAGUUGGUGUCAAAUACUGAUCAUGAAUUUUGGACAAACUGUUUGACGGUCAGCUUUAUCCACAAACCUUUCAUUCGGGCCUCUUAAAUCGGAUGCUAAGUUCAGCUAUUGAAAUGGAAGGCUUAAUACGCAGCAAUCAUUCAAUUAAAAUGCAUGCUAAUAUGUAAUGCAUAUCUUUUUACCUCCGUUUCAGACGUCAACGAGUGUACAACGGGGUAUCAUAAUUGUGAUUCCAAUGCUUUCUGUAACAACACUGUGGGAUCGUUUAACUGCACCUGCACCGAGGGAUAUUCUGGAAAUGGAACAUCAUGCAGCGGUAAAAAUGAUAUUUUAUAUCGGUAG